AUGUGCAUCGAUAACCGUUCAUUAAAUGACUUUACUAUUUAUGAUAGUUAUCCACUUCCAAAUACAACGGUACUCAUCCAGAAGACCAAAGGUGCAAAGUUAAUGUCCAGGAUCGAUUUAGCCGAUGGUUUCCACCAGAUCCAAGUAGAACCUAGAGAUCGGUCAAAGACAGCAUUCCAUACACCUUUUGGUACAUUCCAGUGGAGGGGAAUGCCAUUCGGUGCCAAGAAUGCACCGUAUACUUUUCAAAGAUUUAUGUAA